AUGGACCCCAUCCUCGAUGGUCUGAAUCCUGCCCAGCGACAGGCAGUAACAUCUCCUGAUCCAAUUUUACAAGUUCUCGCCCCUCCAGGCUCCGGCAAAACAAAGACCUUGACAGCACGCGUCGCGUAUCUUCUCUCUCAUCAUGGAUAUUUGCCUCAAGAUGUUAUAUGUUGCACGUUUACCAUCAAAGCGAGUCGGGAGAUGCGCGAGCGUCUCUCGAAGCUGGUUGGAGAGCGCGUGCAGUCGCGUCUGAUUUUGGGUACCUUUCACUCUAUCUGUCGGCGGUACCUAGUCAAGUAUGGAUAUUUGAUUGGUCUGAGGAAGGGGUUUGGCAUUGCGGAUUCGGAUGACAGUCGAGGUAUUCUUCGACGUAUCAUCAAACGGCUGAAGUCCUCCAUGGAGGUUAAAGCUGCGCAAAGUCGAAUCUCCCGUCACAAGGCUCAUGGACUUGGACCAGAUGACCUGGUCGAGCGGGUCAAAGCCGAGGAGCUGGAGCUGGUGGAUAUCUACCGCCAGUAUGAAUCGGGACUUGCAGCAUCAAACCUCUUGGAUUACGAUGAUCUGCUGGUGAGAUGUGUGCAGCUUCUCAGAGAACACCCUGAUUGCGUGUCAAAUGUGCAAGUGGUGCUUGUGGAUGAGUUCCAGGAUACGAACAUCAUUCAAUAUGACCUGAUGAACCUUUUUGCGUCGAGGAAUCGGCGCAUCACAAUCGUCGGAGACCCCGACCAGAGCAUCUACGGGUUUCGGUCUGCGGAGAUUCAGAAUCUGAAACGAAUGCAGAACAGAUAUUCGAACACCUCGAUUGUACUUUUGGAAUCCAAUUAUCGUUCCUCGGCCUCGAUCUUGAAAUCUGCUCAGGAAGUCAUUGAACAAGAUACUGCGCGUCCGGAUAAGAAACUACAACCGACCCAUUCACACGGAACUAUGCCUGUACUAAGAAAGCUUCCUCAUGCCAGUGCGGAAGCGCACUGGAUGGUUCUUGAAAUCAAAAGAUGUAUGGCUAUGACGGGCGGUGUUCUGCGCAUGUCCGAUUUUGCGGUGCUGCUGAGAUCUGCCUCACUAUCGACUCGGAUCGAGACAGCAUUUGGGCGAGCAGGUAUCCCGUAUAAAAUGGUCGGCGGUCGCAAAUUCUUUGAUCGGACAGAGGUCAAGACCUUGAUCAACUAUAUGAGGAUUGUAGGUCAUCCCGACGGCACCGACGCUCUGCUUGGUAUUAUUAAUGUUCCACCACGAAGAAUUGGAGACGAGACGAUCAAGCAAUUGACCAAUGGUGCGGAAAAAGCCAAUAUUCCCCUUUGGACUUUCAUCAAGGACGUUAUUCAAGGCCGCCGAUCGACCGAGAAGAAGCUGCAAAAGGCCGCAGAGCUGGGACUCUGUUCGCUAAUGAAGCUGAUCGAUGCGUCGAAGCAGAAGCUACAAGAAUGUGAAGAUGCAUCGGCACCUCGCGUGCUCCUCGAGUUUAUCACGGAAAGCCUUUCGUUCCAGGAAUAUCUUGUUAGGACCUAUCCCCUGGAUGAAGACGGUCGCUGGGCGAACGUCAAAGAGUUGAUGGGUCAAGCCAAUGAAGCUGCAUUCUCCACCGACGACCCGGGUCAAGAGGAAGACCUGCCCGAAAUAGAGGGAAUAGAACAACAGAAAGUGCAUGCUGGCGAAGAGGCAUUGUCUCGUUUCUUGGCUAAUGUUGCUCUUGCGACUGAGGCGACUACAAAGGAUGAAGGGGAGCAGGUGACGGAGAAGGUCACUAUUUCCACCAUUCAUGCAGCCAAAGGGCUGGAAUGGCCAGUUAUCUUCAUUCCCGCCGUAUACAAUGGAAGCAUCCCGCAUUCUCGAGCAGAAGUCAUCGACGAAGAGAGGCGUCUACUUUACGUCGCGAUGACCAGAGCUCAAGCCCUGCUAUACAUGAGUCUACCACUCAGACAGGCUCGAAUGGGUGAAGGCGAGGAUUCAUCUACCACCUUAACAUCGUUUCUACCCCCCAAAUUGAUCAAGAAUCGGUUCCGUCCGAUGGGACCUCAGUUGCUGGAAAAUGUUGUGUACGCCAUUGCUGAUAUUCUGCGACGACCACGACCCGCUGUGGAAGACAUGUACAAAGAAUUGGGCUCUCUUCCGUCAACACUGGAUGAUCAAUGGACCGCUGAGGGCGAAGAGAGGAAUAAGGGCGGCGAUUCCGAAUGGAAGACAUCCCUGGGACCUGAUCUGGGAGAACCCAACCCUAAGAGACGCCGUUCGGACAUGAAUCAGCCGACUACCACCACAUACAUGUCAGCAGGUGGGCAAGGCAUGGGUAGCUCGUCCAAUUUCAUGGUCUCUACCACGCUCAGCUCCGGAUUCUCGUCUGCUCGUGACUAUAUCACGGCCAACCCGGAAGCUAUCCAGGCAACAACGGAAACCAGCAAGGCUGCUCCAGAAACUGCCUCAGCCAGUCAGGCGAAGAAGAAUACUACACGCAAAGACGGACUCAGCCAAGCCAGCAUCUCCAACUUUUUCGGCGGGCCAGGAUCCUCCCCGAAGAAAGCGUCCGCCCCAACCAAGCCGACCCAACCAGCCCGACCAACCCAGCUGACAUCACAAACUCCGCGGCCAGGCUCCCAUACUGUUCCGCCUACGCUCUCCUCCCACCGUCUCCAACCACGACCGCUGCAGCCUACGCGACCAGCCUUGGAAACCGCGGAGCCUAACAAAUACACGUGGCUGGCGGCUCCGUCCAGACCUACGGUGAAACCUGCCCGGAUGCUGACCCAGCCUCCGAAUGGAAACAACACGGUGGACACAGGGACCAGGGCGGAAGAGGUGAAACAGGAGAGCUCCACCCGCGGUGUGCAAUCCGUGACAUUUCAUACGACUACAAUGACCACUGUUCAACAAGCCCAAGCUUCGGGGCGACGGACAUUAGGGAUCCGGCGGAGUAUGAAUGGAUGGGAGGAGCGGAUGAAGCGGGACGGCGGGGGCCAAGUACGUGGAGGCAAAGCAGACUAG